GGUUGGCAUUAGCUGGCAUUUGUUGCUUGCGAUCGCGUCGAAACGAUCGUGUUAUAUUCUGUUUUGUAUAUUUUGAACGUGAGGCCGUGUAGUGCAUUUAUCGAAAUGGCCAAGGUUGCUAUUAUUGUGCCUGUGUUAUUGUUUGCCUUAGUUGUAAAAAGCAGUGAAGCCGUGCGUUGCUGGUCUUGUUCAUCAGACUUGGAUCCAACGAGGCCAGACUGCAACGACCCUUUCCUGCCAGGACAGGCUCUCAACCCUGGCUACUUGAGGCUGGAGAACUGCGACGCCAAUGCGGGAGCCACAUACCCUUACCUAACUCAGUCUAAAACUGCUUGCAAGAAGCAGAAGAAAAUAAUUAAUGGCCAGCUAGUAGUAUCGCGUGGCUGCACGUGGAAACGUCAAGACGACAACUCGAAUACCUGUCCAUCUACCUCUAACAGUGCCAACGAAGUAACCAUCUUCUGCGAAACCUGUGACUACGACGGUUGCAACGGUGCAGGAGCCUUGGGCAAAACGUUGGCUUUACUCCUCGUGCCAAUCAGUCUGUUACUCUUCAAAUAAACUCCAUAUGAUUGGGACCAUAAAAUUGUCCAUUUCACUAGGUUCCCACCGCUACAGCCAAUGAAUAAAAAACAGAUAUCCACACGUUUUUACUGCGCUGUCAUCGAUAAAUAUCAACAUUAGAAACAUUUUUAAUCAAAAUUAAAUCAAAUUUAUCUCAUUUUAAAUAAAUACUUAUUACUUAUAUUAAUAAUUAUAAAUCUAUUAGGUUAUUUAUUGUGUGCUUCAAUUUUUUACUUUUAAUUUACAUAAUAUUAAUAAAUAGACCGAACUAUACAUUUUCCAUUUUCGAAAGUUUUUUAACUGAACUGACUAUCAAUUAUACAUAAGCCAGCUAUAUGGUAUAUACAACUACAAGAACAUAAUAAUAUAUUGAUACCUACUUUAUUUUAACCGAUGUUCUCGAAGGAGGUUUUUCGUAGGAAAUAAUUAUUCUUAAUACUAAGUCAUACUACUUACUGAAGAAAGACAUUUCAAGACAAGCUGGGACAUAAAUGGUUUAUAAGUCCGAACCAAUUGAACUAUAAAAUAUAAAGCACACAUUUAAUUGGAUAUAAUUACCUUUCUUGACUUAAAAAAUAUAAUAUUAACCCUCUUAUGUGUAUUGUAAAUUUAGAAUAAUACCACUAAUAUAAAUAUUUGUAAGUUUGAAAAAUUAUGAGAUAUUAUUAUGCGGUUAAGGGCUUUAUGUAGAUUCUUACAAUAAAAAUAGCGCUAUAAUAUUUUAAAGUAAAGACCUAACUACUACUAAAACUAAUCUUACUAUACUUUCCAUUACUUUCAUGUAUUUAUUCUAUUGUCUUAUGGUUAUAAUAUGACAAAAUCUUUGCUGAUCUACUUUCUCUAGCAAGACGUUUAUUCUUGUAUUUUUAAUUUAUGUGUAAGUGUAAUCUCUUUCUUGUACACUCCUAUGUCCAUACAAAUAUUAUUCUUCUAAUGUCAUUUAUUUCAUAUGUAUAUGAGAAGUACAAAUAGUAUUUGAGUUUAAUAUUGUUUUAAUAAAAUCUUGCUUUGUUA